AUGGCUCAAGAUUCAACAUGUACUAAUGAAACCCUUAGAUCCCUUGAUGAAUAUGUUCUUCUAGGGCGUAGUGGAUUGAGAGUUUCUCCUCUAUGUCUUGGUACCAUGACUUUUGGAGAAAAAUUUAAAUUUGGUGCAAAUUAUGAAGAGAGUAAAGAAGUUUUCGAUUAUUACUAUGAGAAAGGCGGAAAUUUUUUUGAUACUGCAAACUUAUAUAAUUUCGGAGAGAGCGAACGUUUUCUUGGAGAAUAUAUUGCUGAUAAACGGUCUCAAGUUGUAAUUGCCACAAAAUAUACUUCAAAUAGUACUAGUAUGAUGCCUAAUACCAAAUAUAACCCAAAUGCUGGCGGAAACCACCGUAAAUGUCUUGUCGAAAAUCUCGACGCAAGCCUUAAACGACUGGGCACCGGUUAUGUUGAUAUCAUGUAUGUUCACUCUUGGGAGUUUCGUACUCCUACUGAGGAAGUAAUACGUUCUUUAGAUGAUGUUAUUAGAAGUGGCAGGGCGCUUUAUAUCGCGAUUAGCGAUACACCAGCAUGGGUGAUUAGCCAAGCGAAUACCAUAGCUGGAUUACGUGGAUGGAGUCCUUUUAUUGGGUUGCAAACUCGAUAUAAUUUAUUAGAUCGAUCCAUGGAAUAUGAUUUGCAGUCUGUAUGUGCUGAAUUUGAUGUUGGAAUCGUUCCUUGGGGAUGUAUUGCAGAAGGGUUCUUAACUGGAAAGCACACUAGGGAGUCAGCUACUAAUGAAGAAAAGAUUGGUGGGCGUAGUUACUCAAUUACUAAGUUGGCAAAUGUUGAAAGAAACUGGGAAAUUCUUGAUGAAGUUAAAGCUAUUGCUUCUGAAAUCAAUAGAAGUCCUGUUCAGGUUGCUUUAAAUUGGAUCUCACAAAAACCCGGCGUCACUUCACCUCUUAUCGGUGCAAGAACAAAAGCUCAAUUAGUAGAAAAUCUUAAAGCUCUUGAAUUCAAGUUAACACCUGAACAAAUGGCAAGAUUAGAUACAGUUUCGACACCAAAGGAUAUACCAUUUCCUUAUAGUUUCUUUGCACAAACUAAUCAUAUUGUUGGGAAAAAUAUUCAAAUACCUGAUAAGUUUAAACCUGUGUUAAGCAUGA